UCAAAAACCCUAAAUACGCAAUAGACGACUCACCCGCCUCACAAACUUGUAUCCUCAGCUCACAACACUCUUCUCUCCACCGCCUCUCCAAUUUCUCUCUCUCUCCGACGUCAAGAGUAGCACACAAUGGUGAAGAAGAGCAAGAAGAGCAAGAGUAAGAGGGUUUCGUUGAAGAAGAAGUACAAGGUGAUAAGGAAGGUGAAGGAGCACAACAGGAAGAAGGCGAAGGAAGCGAAGAAGCUUCGUUUGAGCGGAAAGAAGAAGGUUGAGAAGGACCCUGGUAUUCCCAACGAUUGGCCCUUCAAGGAGCAGGAACUCAAAGCCCUCGAAGCUCGUAGAGCCAAGGCUAUUGAGGAAUUGGAGCAAAAGAAAGCCGAACGCAAGGAGAGGGCUCGGAAAAGAAAAUUGGGCUUGCUAGAGGAUGAAGAUAACUCCAAGUCGAGUGAAAUGGAUUCUCUCAAGGAUAGUGUUAAAUUUGCUACUGUUGGGAAGACUAGAGAUAACUCUGAUAGGGCCUUUUACAAGGAUUUGGUUAAGGUCAUCGAAGCCUCUGAUGUCUUACUGGAGGUCCUUGAUGCCAGGGAUCCAUUGGGUACUCGCUGUGUUGAUAUAGAAAAGAUGGUGAUGAAAGCAGGACCUGAGAAACGUCUCGUCUUGCUUUUAAAUAAAAUUGAUCUUGUGCCUCAAGAAUCUGUAGAAAAGUGGCUCAAGUAUCUUAGAGAAGAAUUACCGACUGUUGCCUUCAAGUGCAGCACACAGCAACAAAGAUCAAACUUAGGGUGGAGAUCUUCUAAGGCAGCCAAGGCAGCCAAACCUAGUGAUAUUUUGCAAUUAAGUGAUUGUCUUGGGGCUGAUACUCUCCUGAAAUUGUUGAAGAAUUACUCAAGAAGUCAUGAGAUCAAGAAGUCAAUCACUGUGGGUUUGAUUGGCUUGCCCAAUGUUGGGAAGAGUAGUCUUAUUAAUAGCUUAAAGAGGUGCCAUGUUGCCAAUGUUGGUGCUACUCCUGGGUUAACAAGAUCAAUGCAAGAGGUUCAAUUGGACAAAAACGUUAAGCUGCUGGAUUGCCCUGGUGUUGUUAUGCUGAAGUCUACAGAAAAUGAUGCUUCUGUCGCUUUAAAAAAUUGCAAGAGAAUUGAGAAGUUAGAUGAUCCAAUUAGCCCAGUGAAGGAAAUUCUCAAGCUCUGCCAGCCUCAGCGGCUGGAAAUUCUUUACAGUAUUCCAAGUUUCAAAAGAGAUGAUGUUGAUGACUUCCUACGGACAGUAGCUACAGUUAGGGGCAAGCUUAAGAAGGGUGGCGUAGUUGACGUUGAAGCUGCUGCAAGGAUCGUUCUUCAUGAUUGGAACCAGGGUAAAAUUCCAUAUUUUACCAUGCCCCCAGUCAGGGAUCAAGGGGAAUCUGAGGCUAAGAUAGUUUCUGAUUUUUCAAAGGAAUUUAACAUUGAUGAAGUCUACAAUAGUGAAUCUUCAUAUAUUGGGAGCCUUAAAUCUGCUGAUGACAUCAAUGCUGUUGAAGUUCCUUCAAGUUGCCCCCUCAAUCUUGAUGAGACGAUGUUAGAGGAUGAUACCCAAAUCAAACAAGCUGAACAAGGUGAAGGUCCUGGAAACAUGGCUGAGGUUGAUGAAUCUAUGGAAGAAGAUGAUGAUGGUGCCAAGAACAAGGGGACCAGUGCAGCUAGUAGGCAAAAUGAAAAAUUGUAUGCCGCAGAUGGUAUGCUUAAUACAAAAAAGAGGCUUGCAGAGAAGAAGAAAAGGAAAAAGGCCAAGAAAGCCUUAGGCUCAUCGGAUCCCAUGGAUGGUGAUUAUGAUUUCAAAGUUGAUUACUUCCAAAAGGGAGCCACAAUGGAUGAUGAAAACAGCAAGAGUGAGGAAGAUGAUGAUCAAGUCAACUCUGAGGUGCCUAUGUCUGGUGUUGAAGUUGAUGAAUGAUAGAGGAAAUAGUCAUAUUAUAAGGUUUUGCCUUUUAAAUUCAAUUUUAGUUUCGAAAGUUUUAAAUUGUUGCUGUUGAUCCAUUGUGUAUAUAUUAUUUUGUGAUGGCACGAACAAAAUUUUGGAUAGGUCAACAUUUUUGUCCAAUUGAGGUGUAAGGAUUAUGCAUUUUUGUUUCCGGAUUUUUACCCCCGUCUCCAAUUAUUCGAUAAACUUCUUGCGA